CCCAUGGCAUGACAGACGGGCGAUUUGAAGUAUUUCUCCGUUUUGUCGCUGGUCUCUCCUCCCCACGGGCAGCUUGGAUCCUGGAGGAGUUUCUGGGUAAAUUCCCUCAUCAAACAAUCUGCCGAGUGAGUGACUGGGUGAAGGGGGAGGUUAAACGUCCAAUUAGAAAUGCAGCCAGUGAGUUUGGUAAAAGGAGGCUCCUGAACACGAUGCACUACCUGUUUGAGUCUCAGAGUCCUGUACUGGCUCAGCAGACACUGGGAUCUGUGGAAACACUUUCAUUCAGUGGACUGGGACUGACCCCGAUUGACUGUGCGGUCCUGUCUCAUGCCAUCAGGCUCUGUGAUACAAUCAAACGUUUAGAUCUGCAGAGCUGCCACAUUCAGUGUGAAGGUCUCCAGCGGCUGGGACCGGUUCUGCACAAGUGUCAGCACUUGGGACUGGGAGACAACGACCUGGGAGAUUCCGGUGUGAAACUGGUGUCUGCGGCUCUGAGGAACCCGGGCUGUAAAAUACACACACUGCGGCUGGACAGUGUCGGUCUCACAGAUUCUGGAGCCGAGGAUCUCGUCUCCACUCUCAGUACAAACCGCUCACUGACGGGGCUGUACCUGACACACAACUCCCUCACAGACCGAUGUGUCCCCGCUCUCCGCCGCCUCAUACUGAACCUCCCGAGUCUGGAGUUGAUCAGGCUGGAGGAGAAUAAGUUCAGUGUGACCGGGAAGAAACUGAGGUCGCUGCAGGAACCCAGACCCAGACUGAGUGUGGCCGUGUGAACAUCUCGUGGUGUAAACGUCACCGCCCUGGGGACCGGAAUAUUGUUGGCCGAUUCCCCACCCUCCCCUUUAAACGGCCGCCCUCCCCUUUAAACCCCAACGCUUCCCGGGCCGGCCGGGCGGUGACAUCAGAGGCGACCCUGCCCGCUGUCACGUGACCCGGGUACGCGCUGCUGCUGAUGCCGGAUAUCCGGUGCUGCCCUCCAGUGGGGGAUGGUGAUGG